AUGACUGAAGUUAUUCGUUACAUUAAAUUUAAUGACGAAGGGCCACAAGUAUGUGAAAGUUUUCUAGAUUUCUUUACUGUGAGUGAAAAAACAGGCGAGGGUCUUUUUGAAAGUAUCGCUGAAAAACUCAAAAAAGAUGGUCUAGACUUGAUGGAUUGCAGGGGCCAGUCGUAUGAUAACGGGGCAAACAUGGCUGGGAAAUAUAAGGGUGUCCAGUCAAGGAUUGUCCAAGAGAACAAACUGGCCUACUUUGUCCCAUGUUCAGCACACUCAUUAAAUUUAGUUGGGGUUCAUUCGACAGAGGCGUGUGUUGAAGCACAAUCAUAUUUUGGCCUUAUAAACAGCCUUUACAACUACUUUCAUGCGUCAACAUCAAGGUGGGAAGUUUUAAAACAACAUGUUCCCCUUUCAUUAAAAUCAGAGAGUAAAACAAGAUGGUCAGCAAGGAUUGACUCUGUGGAGGUUAUAUAUAAACAUAUGGACAAGGUGCUGUCUGCACUUGAAGAAUUAACCACCCAUGAAUUCUCAUCUACAGAAACAAGAUCUGAAGCUAAAUCUCUAAUUAAGAACAUGAAAAGGUAUGAAUAUGUUGUAAUGACAUGCUUUUGGUACUCAGUCCUCAAGAAAAUUGAUCGAGUGAGUAAGUUUUUGCAAAGAGAGGACACAACAGUAGAUAAUGCUGCAAGAAACAUACAAGUCUUCUAA